AUGGCAGAUAUCGGCAAUUACAACAACGGCACAAUAGAGAAAAGGAUAAAGAGUGAAAUUAAUCAAGAGUGGUUAAAGUGCAGAUCUUUAUCUGGAGUGCUAUUUGACAAAAAAAUCCCACACAAAUUCAAGGUAAAAAUUUACAGUUCCAUAGUACAACAAACUAUUCUAUAUAGUUCGGAAACAUGGCCAACCAAGGAAUCAGACGAGCUACAAACUAUUGAGAUGAGAAUGCUGAGGAUGAUUGCUGGGUUAACAAGAAAGGAUAAAGUGCGCAGUACAAGAAUACUAAGUAGUUUAAAGGUAGUGCCAAUUAAGACUAAAAUUAUGGUAAACAGAUUAGGUGGCAUGGGCACACAAUGA